UUGUGGGUGGAAAAUGUUUAAGAAAGGGUGCCAUCCCCACCCUUCGUUUAGGGCAUGACGAUGACCCUACGUACAGCUGUACAAUGCCGAAGAAGCAACGAAGCUGUUGCGUUGUAGGAUGCGUAGUGGAAAAGGGUCAUGCGUUAUACGCCUUUCCUCGACGCGGAGAGGCUAGAAAUAGUUGGGCCCUGGCUUGCAACGUGCAACCAGCCGAUACUGACAGGCUAUAUGUUUGUAAGCGUCACUUUAGUCCAGAGCAAGUAACUCGUUAUAAAGUUUUAGAUGGGGCUGUUCCAUCUUUAAGAUUAGAGCCAGUUACUAGAAGUCGCUCACCUAGUACUGGCUCUGAUUGGGUUUGCCCGCCCGUUACUAAAGUGUACGUAAAUCGUACAGUAGGUGUAGGAAACGAUCUUACGUUAGAAGAAUUCGCAAAAUAUUCCAUGCUAGAGGAAACAAGGCAGGCACCCAAAAACAAAAACAUCUGUGAGGACUUAGAAAUCACAAGCAGUAGCGAACGAUUUGCUCAGGCUGCUCUCGUGCAGUUCUUGCGGAAGAAAAUUCAAGCAGUGAUGCUGUAA